GGUUGGUGCUGAAGCCGUUUGAAAGCGGCUCACGCGAUGUCGUUGCUUCCAGGCGGCGCGGAGCCCGGCGCCGCUCCCGGGCUGUCACACGUGCCUCACGCCGGCGGGGAGCCCGGCGCCGCUCCGGUGCUGUCGGUGCUGGACAUGCACACGGGCGGCGAGCCGCUGCGCAUUGUGACCGGCGGCUUCCCGCCCGUCCACGGCGCCCACAUCCUGGCCAAACGCCGCUACGUCCGCGACCGCCUGGACCACCUGAGGCGGCUGCUGCUGUUCGAGCCCCGCGGGCACUAUGACAUGUACGCGGCGCUGCCCGUGGCCUCCGAGAGGCCCGAGGCCCACCUCGGGGUGCUCUUCAUGCACAACCAGGGCUACAGCACCAUGUGCGGCCACGCAGUGAUCGCGCUCGGUCGCUACGCCGUGGACUACGGGCUCAUCCCCGAGCCCAGCUCCCCCGAGACCCAGGUCAACAUCCACUGCCCCUGCGGCCUGGUCCGGGCUUUCGUGGAGUACCGGGGCGGGAGGAGCGGCCGGGUCCGGUUCCACAGUGUCCCUGCCUUCGCUUUCGCUACAGAUGUUGCAAUUGAUGUCCCAGGACAUGGGAAGCUGGUGGUGGAUAUUGGGUAUGGGGGUGCCUUUUAUGCGUUUGUGAGUGCUGAUCGUUUCGGUUUAGAUGUUUGUUCCUCCAGGACCAGGGACCUUGUGGAUUCAGCAACAGCUGUGACGAAUGCUGUGAAGGAACAGGUUAAACUCCAUCACCCUGAUGAUGAAGAUCUUGCCUUUCUCUAUGGUACUAUAUUAACUGAUGGAAAAGAUGCAUUUUCUGGAGAACCAACAGCAAAUAUCUGUGUUUUUGCAGAUGCUCAGGUUGACAGAAGCCCCUGCGGUUCGGGUGUAACAGCUCGUAUUGCACUGCAGUACCACAAGGGACUAAUUCAACUGAACCAAACCAGGACUUUUCAGAGUGGUGCAACAAACUCAUUCUUCACAGGAAAAGCUGUAGAGGAAGCAAAAUGCGGCGAUUUCAAAGCUGUUAUCGUAGAAGUUUCAGGACAAGCACAUUAUACAGGAACUGCAAAAUAUUAUGCGGAAAGUGAUGACAGUCUGAAAGAUGGGUUUCUUCUUCGAUAAAUCCAAAAUAGUUAUCUUAUUGCUAUUAUCAAAAAUCAUUCAUUCUGAUAACAUUGUUAGAAUUUCUUUGUGCAAAAUUUCUUGAGGACAAUUUCUCAAAGGUUUUCUUAAUCAUUUAUCGUUUAAAUACACUAGAAUAUGGAUGGUGCUAUUACAACUAAUUUUACUUUACAUUGUGUAUAUUUUUCAUUAUUGGUUAAAUCAUAUGAUUUUUAGAGAUCUAUGUUAGACAUGAAUGAAGCUAAAUUACAAUUUUAUUUUGGGUAUCCUAGAGGUACAUAAUUUCACCUGUAACCAAAUACCUUUUUUAUCUGUAAAGGUAUAAUGCAACUGCUAUAUUUACACAGAAUUUGAAAGGAACAACAUAAGAGGCUGCAGUUUUUUUCUGUACCAAAUUAAGCAUAGUACUUCUUAAAAAAAAUUAAAUCUGAAUCCUUAUUACAUGUAAUAAAAUGUUGUAAUGUUCUUAUCGCUUUCUAAAAUCAUUAUAACAUGUUUCAAGUAUCUAUUAUACAUAGAAUAAUGUGAUUUGAGUUCAAGCCCCAUGUUGGGACUUUGAAUUCACAGUCUAGGCUGUCACUGCAGUGCAGUGCUGGGAUAUACCACAUUGUCAGGUGCCAUCCUUUGAAUUAAAUAUUAAACUUGUACUGUAUAUGAAUUAUAUUUUUCUGUAAUUAUAUUAACUAUUCUGAUUUCAUUAACUUUGUAAAUCUGGGCAGUUUAACUGGAAAUGCUAUAUGUAAAAUCAUGUGUUAUAAUUCAGAAAUGCAUUGUUUAAUAUCUGUAUAAUUCAGAAAUAAAUGCAAACACAAAA